GUCAGGUUAACUGUCUGCGCCAGAGGCUCUGCAGGUCGCUAUAGAGUGUGCAUCAGCGCAUCAGGAAAGAUGAGCCAAAAACCUCUGGACUUUUUCCCCUCCCUGUAUGAUAAAAGUUCCUCCACCCCCUCGGAGGACAUAUUUAGCACCUGGAAAAAAAUCUGGGCGGCUUUGAAAGAGGGGUCUCGGUGCAUGAAGGAGGCUGAGCUCAGCCCCCCGUGGCCCUCAGGUUUAGCCAAAAUCAGUUAUGACCCCUUAACGUUUUUUUCCAGCACCCAGUGCAGAGGGGCGACCCCCAAUUAUAUAGAUUUAGGUGACAUAAGUGACCUUCAGUUUCAGAUGAAGGAGGAAGAACUAUUAAAGAUUAUUGGAGAGGAACCUGGCCCAGAGAACUAUGAGCCAUUAGAGGCUAUAGGAGAUAAGACGGGGCCCAAGACAAACUCCGGUCAGGGUGCCAAGGAUCCCACAGCCCCUUCCCAGGCCGAGUCACUCCUGGAAUCUGAUUCCGAAUUCAGCUAAAAGAUAAACCCACAGGCAAUUCAUUAUAAGCAAUAUGAGAGACUACUUCCAGCAUCUGCAACACUACAGCAACUGAAGCAAGCAAAUGACAGCAUAUAUUACUAAUAAAUGGGGUUUAAUCAAUA